UAGCCGCCACCGCCCCCCCAUCACCAGAGAGCGCCCCCCGCUGGUCCCUAUGCAGCUGGAGAAAAGGGGACCCAUGGCAGUUUCCAGCCCAAGCAACUCAUACCUGUUUGACACGGUGGCAGACACUACGAGCAACUCCAACAGUGUGACCCUGAAAGGCUUCACCAUACACCGUGAGGAUGUGGUGGACAGUAAGGUUCUGGAGGGAGAGGACGGCAUCGUCACGGUGUCCACGCUGCACGUUUCAACGCUCGCACAUUCCCAGAAUUCCUUGCACCGCAGCAUCAGUGAGGUCAUAGACAAGAACACUGAGGAGGGCAGGAACGAGGAAUGGGAUCCUCACAGGCAGUGGCACGACAGCGGGAUGUUCAUGGAAGAUGAAGAGUUUGUCGACACCAUCAAAGGCUUCAGCACAGUAAGGAAAGAGCACACCAUGUUCACAGACACCAACCUGUAGCCUGCUCCACUGGACUGGGUGGACUAUAGAUCCCCUGACAGACGCCACUCCUGAAGAACGCAAGUCACUGGUGGACUGGGACCUCACUGGAAGUGGAUUGCUAAAGCUGUAGAUGACCCUGAGGAACACCACGGCAGAGGAUUGAACAGCCACAGCAACAACCACUGAGGAGGCAGUUAAUUUGUAACUCACUUUGUACAGCAUUACAAGCGUUUGGAUUGUAAUUAUAAAGCCAUAGGACAUCCCAUUACAUUAUCUAGAGCUAGCAGUCAUCUUACCUCUCGGUUAAAGACUCAGUAUUUCCUCUAGUAGCAUCUGUUAACAUAACACUGUUAACAUCUAACACCAGUCAGAGCUCUGAUCUAACUGCUGAAGGGAUUUAUUUGUGUGAAACGACAUAACACAACAUGAGGUUUCCACAAACAAAUGUCCAACAGAUUUUCUGACAGGGUCUGUUUUAAGUCAGUCUGUGGUUUUAUUUUGGCAGAACACUCACUGACAUUUCCUGGCUUUUACGAAAGCUUGCACCUGGAUCCCUUUAGCGAGUCAGUGGUGCAAUUUCUCAGUCUCUAAUAAGCACAGUCAGAAAAUGACUGAUGAGCUGGCCAGACUCUUAUUUUAUGUCAUGCACUAUAAAUGAUAAUACCGCCUACGCAGGCAAGCCCUGAGGGAAAUUAUUUUAUAAUCUGUGGCAAGAAAUAGCAUUUGGCUGUCACUUUAUCAUUUCACAACGAAAAAGUGAAAUGAACACCGACCAUAAGAAAGGAAAAGCAGGAAAAUCAAGCAACCUUGAAGCCUAUAUGAAUGUCACUUUAAGGAAUAGAACAGUAUGCUUGUCUACUUUCA